AUGAGAAUAAAAGCAGUUUUGAGAAAAGAUAACUGCUUGGCAGCAAUUGGAGAUAGACCUGAGGAGAUCACUGAUGAUGGCAAGUGGAACGAGAUGGAUGGCAAUGCUAUUGCUAAUCUGCACCUAGCACUAGUUGAUGAAGUAUUGUCAAGUGUGGCGGAGAAGAAGACGGCAAAAGAGAUAUGGGAUACACUCACAAAAUUGAUAAUUAUAGAUCACCGGACUAUUCAGUACUUUUUGAACCUACGGAAUACCACCCAUGCACAACAAAAGUGGCUAUUAAAGUUACUCGUGUAUGACUAUAGCAUUGUUUUCAAAUCUGGUAAUACUAAUGUUCUCCCUGAUGCUCUAUCAAGACAUGGUGAGUUAAACUCUCUUAUGGGAAUUUCUAGUCCUAUGUUUACAUUCAUGAGUGAAAUAUCUAAUUUGUGCAAAAAUCACUAUGAGACUUACAAGUUGAUGGAAGGCAUUGAGCAGGGAACUAUCACUUCUAAGAAUUUUACUGUGGUUAAUGGUCAGUUGCUUUAUAAGAAGAGAGUUUUUGUCCCUAAUGCUGAUGGUUGGAGGUUGAAAAUUAUCAAGGAGUUUCACUGUGGUAAGAGUGGGGGACACUCAGGUAAAACUUCCAUUAUGGUAGUUAUUGAUAGGCUUACUAAAUAUGCACACUUUAUUGCUCUCAAGCACCCUUAUACUGCUAGAAGUGUGGUCGAAUUAUUUGUUCAAGAGGUUUUUAGACUUCAUGGAAUGCCUAACAAUAUUAUUAGUGAUAGGGACCCCAUAUUUCUGAGUGCAUUUUAG